AAUUUAACUCAAUCAUCAAUUUGUACUUCUACAGCAAUAUGGCAUGUUCCAAAUCCUGUAAAUUUUAUAUGUCAAUAUAAUGAUAAUUCAUUUGAUAAUAAAAACAACUUGUUUACUGAUAUCUCAACCAAUAAUCAUAAUUGUUUUAAUAAAAAUUUACAAAAAUAUGAGGAAAAACAACAAAUUACCAAUGAUUAUGAACAACAGUUACAAUGGUCAAAUGAAGAGAUUCAUUCAAAUCAAGAAUCUAAUGAAAUUUAUACAAUGACAUUUUUAAAAUUAAAUAAUGCAGCAAAUCGUGUAGCAAUGAAUUUAGCUAAUUAUUUAGAACGUAAAUGGUCAAGUAUAACCAAUAAAAUCAAUAAAACUCAAUUAAAUCAACAUAGUUCAUCAAUAGAUCAACCAAUUGAGUUUAGAAAUCAAUCAGAUACAGUGAUUGCAUUAUUUAUGCCUCCAGGAAUAGAUCGUAUUGUAGUUCAAAUUGCAUGUAUGAAAUUACAUUUAGCAUAUAUGCCACUUGAUCGUAAUGUCCCAGCUGGACGUAUUUCACAAAUUUUAAAUAAAUUAAAACCUAUUUUAAUUUUAAUUGCUAAAGAUUAUUAUGAUUAUAUAUAUGACGAUAAAAUCAAUAAAAAUUAUCAUGAUAAUAUCACAUCAUCUAUUGAUAAUAAUAAUAAUAAUAAUAAAUCAAUAUUAUUGAAAAAAUUUUCAUUUAAUGAUUUUAUAAUUGGUAAUUUAAAUGAAUUAAAAAUUACAUUUCAAUCAUUUGAUGUAAAAAUAUAUGAAUAUAUUAAAUUAAUGAAAUUAUCAAAAUAUUAUUCUAGAUCAGAUAUUUAUACUGCAUCUAUUCCAAUUAGAGUUUGUUUAUUUCCAUUUGAAUCAGAUCCAGUUGUAUUGGUAUUAUUCACUUCAGGAAGUACAAACUCUUGUCCAAAACCCGUAAAACUUAGAACAACUCAAAUGUUUAAUCGCUUGGAGUGGCAGUGGGACUCAACUUCAGAUAUGGAUUUGCCGAACUUCGAAAGUGCUACAUGUAACUCAAAUGUAUCAGUUAGGCGCAUUGGUUUAGCGAAAACGGCUUGGGGUUUCGUUGAUGCAUUUACUGAGUUAUUCAGCUGUCUUUUAGCUGGGAUACCGGUAGUUGUUCCUGGUGGAUCAGCUUGUCCAAGUGAAAAGUCAGUAACUGAUGUCCAGCAACUGAUCAACCUUACCAAACACUUUAAAAUUAGUCAUAUUACUACAGUUCCUACCCAAAUGAACCUGUGGUUAAAACAAUUACGUUUGAAACCAAAAGAAAUAGUAACAAGUCACCUGUCCAGUUUGCGAACAGUGAUUGUUAGUGGUGAUAUAGUUCAUCCCAAAAUGGCUUGUGAAUUCUUUCAGUUAUUCAAAAACCCAGAAAUGCGACUAAUAAAUCUAUACGGUACAACUGAGGUAGCUGGCGACGUAACUGGCUUAGUAUUUCGUAGUGAAAUAGACGUGAUGAAGCACACAAAAGUUGUACCAUAUGGUUUAGAAAGGGAAAAUAAUGAAUCUGGAAAACCAGUAUUAUCCGUUGGUACUGCAAUUCAAGGAACAGCUAUUUUCAUAGUUCAGAAUAAUGAUGAUGAUCAUCUUCGUCACGAAAAAGACGACGAAAAUCAGCCAGACAAGUGGUCUAAUCCAUCAUUAUCGAUUAUUGGAUCAGUAGACCAAAAACCUAACUGGGAUAAAUUUCCGUUUAAACUUUUGCCUAAAGGACAUAUUGGUCAUGUAUGCAUACUUGGACAACAGGUUUCCGACAGUGCAAGUAGCUGUCAACGUAUUGAGGCUUUGCCAGAAGACUUGGAUUGUGUGGAUACAAACAAGCGCAAGUCAGAUGUAGAGUCAUGUGAAAAUAACAGUUCAAAAGAAAUUAGUGUGUUUAUGCCAGGAGAUUUAGGAUUUAUUGAUCCUCAAACCAAUCACUUAUACAUAUGUGGUCGAACUAAUGAAUUAAUCAAAAUCAAUGGAAUAAGAUUUCAUGCAAAUGAUAUAGAUAAUCUAUUUAUUGAAUUAAAGAAGAACUGGAAAGCUAAAAAUAUGAUAGGCUGUACUAGAGAAGAACUACUUGUAAAUAAAGUUUCAGAAACAGUUACAUUAACAAUACAAACUGUACAUGGACGUGAUUUAAAACUAGUAUGCUUUUAUGUACUUCAUAUGAAUGAGAAUCGAAACACAAUGAAUAUUGAGCCCAAAGAAAAUCAUGAUAAAUUAGAAGAUCUACCUAAACAAGAUGAUUUUAUUGCCGUAUUUAGUCAUUAUUUACCACCAUAUUUGUCACCUACCUUCAUAAAUAUUGACCAUAUUCCACUAAUGAGAACUAGUGGGAAAGUUGACAAAGAGUAUUUACGCCAGUAUUAUUACUCUAAACAUUAUUGUGAAAUUUCUGAAAUAACGAAAGUUCUACAACCUGGUUGGGUAAAUGAUCCAGUAAAACAUAUGACAGAAAAUAAUAAUAGUACAUCUGACCAGUCAUUUGGUAAAAGUUCAAGAGAUUUUAAGUUAAGUAGAGAUCGAGAACGUGCAAGAAAAGUUCUAGCUGAAGUACUUGGGAUUCGUGGACCAAAUGGUGAUGUUAUACCUGGUAAACCAAAAGAUGACGAAGAUUUUUAUUUACUUGGAGGUGAUUCUUUACUGACUGUCUUAGCCACAGAACAAUUAAGACAGCUUGGAUUUAAUGUAAAUCUUGAUGUAUUCACUAAGACAGGAAAGAUUGGGUCGAUUUUAACAAAUCUUCAAAAUACCGAAUCGGAUUUUCUAAAAACUCAGGAGCCAUUCACCUCGGAUCCAUGGACAGUGAACAAAAUUUCGAUGAAUAAAAUUUUGAAAAAAUCGCAUACAUGUAAUUUGAUUAAUCGAAUACCACUGGUGGAAGAUGAAUGUUGUUUAUCACCCACAAUCUGUCCUCAGGGUAGCUACGAGAUUUUUAUUGAACAGUGGAAUGAUGGAAAUUUUAGUGUAACUGAGAGACAUGAAAUUGUCGAUGUUUUAGUUAAUGCAUUUAUUGAAAAAGACCGGUUGUCUCAUGCACUAAAAUUGGAUCGGACAGAUUUAACAGAAGCGAUUGAAGUAUUCCUGAAUGCUCAUAAAUCUAAUCCAGGGAUCGUAUUGACAGCGAGAUAUUAUUACGAGAAUCCAUAUGAACACACGUUUGUAAAAAAUAAAUUAGUUGGUGUCAUAAUCAGUCUUCCAGCUAAGCAUGUUCCUCUGCUUCACCAAACACCAAAACUAGCAUUAAUUCAACAAUUUUUUGACGAGUGUAGUAAUGAAGACCAAUUUGAAGAUAUUUCGAUGGAUAAUUUACUUGCUACUCAAAUGGUUGCCAUUACAUCUCAAUCCCCAUACAGUAAAUCAAAAUAUUUACAGUACAUGUUAUCUAACUGGAAGAAAAUAUCACUGAAACUAUUGACCAGAUUAGAAAGAGAUUUGCUGAGAAUUGCUGCUAAACAGGGUUAUUUAGGUGUCAUAACCUUCAAUACAAAUGAAGUGACUGAAGAAGUAUGUUCUCAAUUAGGCUAUAAAGUCAUUCAAACAACUAUGUUAAAAUCUUUUAUGAAUAAAGAAAAUCUAUUAUUAUUACCCCAAUAUGAACGUAUACGAUGUUCAUAUAUGAUCAAAGAAUUAAUCCCUCCUCCUAAAAGAAACAUGAAUUAAUAAAUAAAUAAAUAAAAAAAAAUUAGAAAAUAAAAAUUCCUUUGGAUAACAAAUAAGAGAUACAGUAAAAACAAAACAAAAAUCAAACUGUUAUUAUCAAUCAUUAUUCAAAAUAUUUUCCAAAUAUUUCAACAUUUCAUUUCGUUAACGAAAAAUAAAAUUACAAAAGAAAAACAACAACAACAACAACAAAGAGAAAUUAACUCAUAAUAACUUAUGAUUAUCAAGUGUUCUCUUUACUUUUCUCUUUUAUUAUUGUUGUUUUUAUUACUUUUUACUUUUGUCAUUAUUAUUAUUAUCAUCGCUUAUUUAUACAGUCUAGUUGAAUCAUUUAAAGAAGAAGAAGAACAACAACAAAACUUACAUUUAAAAAAAAAUCAUUUUCUAUUGAUUUUGUCAGACAAAUAAACAAAUAUAUAUAUAAAUGACAUUUGAACAACUAUUUGUUUUAAUGACUUUCUUCAUUAAUUCAUAACAUGUUAUGGGGGGAAGUUAAUGUUAGUAUAUAUAUAUAUAUAUAUACCUGAAAUAUGAAUAAACAGAAAUACAUAAAAAGUGGAUCGGAAUAACAUAGAAUAUGUUUUUCUUUCCCUCUUGAAUGACAUUACGAUACUACACUGUAAAGUUCAUUUAAAACAAACAAAUAAACAAACAAUAUCUAAGUUUAUUUGUUAAAAUGAUCAUUGAAAUAAGUUAAAUCUUUAUAUUAUUUUAAUUUAUUUAGUUAUAAGAAAUUCUAUGCAUUAAAAAUUUCAAUAUCAUAUGGGAUAUUAAGUGACAG